UCCAAAUCCCUUCCCGGGAUAGGAGAAAUCACAGGAACGGCGAAAGGUAAAUCGAGAAGAGGCUGCGACGAUGACGGAGCUCAACCAUUGCCAAACAGUCACCGCCGAAUCCAUCGUCCUCCUCGCGCAGGACCCCUCCGCCACCCUUCCUCCGGCCGUCGAUCCCGCCGCUCUCGUGGCCCUUCUCGACUGCCCCUCCUCCACCGUCCCCGCCGCUGCCUACCUCAACGCCCUCCUCUCCCUCCUCUCCCGCUCCCCUCCCUCCCCCUCCCUCCUCUCCUCCCUCCUGCUUUCCUUUCUCCGCCUUUUCCUCUCCCGUCGCCUCCCCCGCGGCGAUGCCGCCCCCGUAUUCCGCCUCUUCGCCCCCCACCUCCCCUUCCUCGAACGCACCCACCUCCCCUCGCUCCUCGACCUCGUCGUUUCCGAUCUCUCCGCGGUCGCCGAACCCGACGACGCCCUGCCCCUGGACCUCCUCCCUCGCCUCCUCGACCUCGCUGAAGGCGAUGAACUCGUUGAUAAGAUGCUGGACAGGCUCCUGGCUUGUGAGUGGUCGAAAUUUUUGUUGCUGAAGAUAGUCGCUCUCCUCCGCGAGCUCCCGCGCAUCGGAAAAGCUAGGGUUUCCGAUUUUCUCGAGAAGAUCUUUUCGGGGAUGAAGGUGGUCGACCUCCAGGAUUUGCCGUCUCUUAUAUACCAACUUCUUCUGCUGGCUUCGAAGGGAAUCAAUAGAAGGGAGGUGAUCAGUGGAAUUCUAGGGUUCUUUGGAGGGUUCUCGAAGGGGCAGCCUUCGAUCCUGAGGCAGGUGGAAGGCACGGUUUUGAUGCACGUCAACUUCGCCGUGAAGCAGGACCCCUCAUUGGGACGGGAGGUGUUGACCAUCAUCCGAACUGAUCUCCGGCUUAUCAACCACUUUGUGGUUGCGGUGCUGUUCUCUAUGGCCAGGGUGCGAAGAUUCAACGAGAGUUGCAUUGGUGUUCUCAAGAUGGUGGUUGUCACUUCUCACCGGGACUAUAAGACCUCACGGGAUUGCAAGUGGUUGCCAGAUAAUCUGAAAGAAGAAUGCCUGGAAACUGCUAAACGUGUAGAAAAAUCAUUUUUGAAAGCUGUCAAUGAGAGCAACAGUGGAAGGGAACAUAUUGUGCCUAGCAUUGUUCAAUUUGGAUUUGUUUUGCUAGAAUCAGUGGAUUGUGACGAUGGCAAACAAAGGGGUGAUUCUGCAGGUUUGAUGAGCAUUGAAGAGCUCAGUAUAAUGAUCUUGAUGACACUGUUUGAGGUCCAUGACAUAUCAAGAAAUGAGAUAAUUGAGCAGUGCAAAUUUCGACUUCUUUCUUUGAAGCCUCAGAAAGGCAUGCCGAUCAUUAAGUUGCUUGGUAAUUUGGUCCAGAGCUACCCUUAUCCCAUGCUAGAAUAUAUUGCACAUCUGAAGGAACUGCUGGACUACUUCACAUUUUUGCAAGAAAGAAUGGCAAUAGCUAUUAUUGAUGCCUUACUGCCACUUAUCAGAUUCAGUCACGAUCUCCAGGAUUAUAUUAUUUUGGUUGUUCGAAAAGCCAUGUUCAAACGAGAAGAGACUGCCCGAGUAGCAGCUACUGAUGCUGUAAUUAAUAUAAUUUCAAUGGAAAAUAGCUCUAAGAAAAAUGGCUUGAAGAGCUUUGAGGAAUCAUCUAGCCAAGCAAGCUGUAGCCAGCAAGGUGACAUACCCAGCAGGGUGGAGGGUUGUCUUUUUCAGGAGCUUAGUGGAUUGCUUAGGAGAUGUCUCUCCCAACAGGCUAGAGUUAAAGAGAUAUUGUAUGAGGGUCUCGUAAAACUUGUCAUGCUGGAACCAACCAUUACGAGCUCUAUCUUUGAUGUCCUCUGGCCUCAUUUCCUGCGAGUUUACCUAGAGGACAAAGAUUUUUCCCUUCAACUUGAUGCUUGUUUUAAGUUGGAGAGUGGAAAAGUUUGUGUAGUAGAACCUUUGGACCACCUAUUGUCAUGUGUCUCUUGGUUACUUCUUCUUCAAUCACAUGGUAAGUCUGAACAUCAAUCAGAAGAUUCGUGGCCAUGCUUUGGCUUCUCACUUUCACAAGAGAAUGAGGCUGGAAAGGCAACAUCCACAGAGUCAUUCUCAAAUGCAUUGUUUAAGAUCAGGAGAAACUUAAAGAACUGCAAGUUGCAAGGUCCUCAAGGCCAGAGAGAAGACUCUAGUUGUCAUUCUUUGCAGAAAGAGAAAAAUAGUUGUCAUUGGCAAAUACUGCUUCGAAUUGUUGAGGUAUUUGUCAAUAUUAUUGUUAUGGAGAUUGAGAAAGCAGAAGGGGAAAAUAAGCUGCUGCUCGAGAAAGAACUUAUGGAAUUUGCUGAAUUACAUAAUAAUCUUGAAAAGGACUCAAGCAUGAACAAACAAAGGACUGACAGUCGGAAAGGGACUUCAAAAGAACUCUCGAAUAAGAUCAAUGGCGAGCUACAAGAGUAUGCACAAGUAAACCAAUCAAGAACCUUCUUAGCUACCUCAACCAUCCACUAUCUACUGCUUACAGCCAUUGAAUCAUACAACUUUAAUUUUCCCAAUAGAUCCAUCGCUUCUCAGAAUAACAGGGAAUCAUCAUCGUCCAUAAUAGAUCUUUGUUUGAAGAUGAUGCUGUUUGUCUUAAAAGUGUGUCUUCGCCAUCUUAAAUUUGUUGGUUCAAUAAGAAGUGGAACAAGUGGUGAUCCUUUCAGAAGACUGUUGUGUGGAGAUAUCAGACUUCUAGGGAAACCAGUAAUGCAGCUCGUAUGGCUGCUCAAGUCAGUACUGGAAAAAGACAAGGAUCGAAGAAAGAAAGAUGCCAAUGGGAAGAUGAACAGAGAAAACAUUGACCCAUUAUUUUUGUCCUUAUUAUGCUUGAAUGAGUUGUUCAAGAUGAAUUUUUCUGGGGCUGAGCUGUCUGAACUUGUUAAUGACUUGCUUUCUCUGGCUGCACCAGAGUUGGAUCUAGAAACUGGAAGGAAUGCUGAUCCGGGCAUUAACGAAGAGAAAAGCUUUCUGAACAACUAUCAACAUUUGAGAUUUUUACAUUUGUUUUUAGAAAAAAGAAUAGAACCAUUAUAUUCCUCACUGAUAGAUCUUUCACUAUUCCGUGAAUCUGAGGUGCUAGCUGAAUUAUUAUUGAUUGUUGGGAACAAAUUGCCACCUGCACAAAGGAAUUCUCAUGGAAACUGGGCUGUGAGUGUAUGUCAGAGCAAAAAAGUAGAAAAUUCUAGUGCAGCACAGAAUGUACUGUUACUUGCGAUUCAUCUGCUACCAGCUCCAACUGACCUAAUUGUUGCAUGUGACAUGGCCUCCGAGCUGCUGAAAGUUAUGGGUUCUGAAGAUAGAGAUCCAGAACAUAGAUCUGUGAAGUAUCCUGUUAUUAAUCAGUCAACAAGAAAUGCAAUUGCCACUAUAAUUCUACGAGUGGCUGAAUCUUGUAUUGUUGACUUGGAGUGGGCUGUAUCAAAAGUGAAGGCAAUUUCUGCAUGCAAUUAUGUACAACCCGAUCUGAGAAAGAACCUUCAAUUUGCUGAAAAUUUACAUGGACCCUAUUUGCAAGAAGUGCUCUAUUCCAGAUCAGAAUCACUGGUGUAUCUGUUAUCUUCAUUUGUAGAGAUGAAACUUAAGGACUCUCAAGCAGAACAGUUACUGAAGAUAACUACAAGGUUUUACAAGCUUUUGGCUCCUAUGACAAAGCUUCAGAUUGCUUCAAAAGGUUCCAAACAAUUUUUACCUAGUUUAAAGUUUCAGAAGCUAGCAGAAGUAACAUGUAUAAGGCUCACCAGUCCCCUGUACAGCUUUGUGGCUCUUGUUCAAAGGAACCAGAAUGCUCAGCAUAAGGGAAUCAUCAGCAAGAUCAAAAGGGAGAAUAGAUGCAUUCCGGAUCUGAUAUUCCAAAUUGAAAACUAUGAGAAAUAUCUCAUUCAGCUCAGCAAGUCAAGUAAUGUUAAUUUGUUGAGAUAUGCCAAGCGCAGUAUUGCAAGGGAUUUUAAAAUUUUGGGGACAAAAAAGGUUGUGGUGGGGGAAGAGACAACAGAGCACGAGCAUACUCUGUCCGGUUCUACUUCUGAGAAUGGAUCUAGUGGGGAAUCUGAGGGCCCAGAUGAGGAGAAUAUAUCUGAGAAGACUGCUUCUGCUGAGCCUAAUGGAAAUAUCACUGAUGUGGACUCUGAAAAUGAUAUGAAUAAUCAAGAGAUGUUGAUAAGAAAGAAGAGAACCAAACGGAGUAAGGUUGUCGAAGAUUCAGAUGAGGAAGCAUGAGGAUUACGUACAUAGGCCUACUAUGCUUUUCCAAGUCAUAUAUUCUCAAACUUUCAGUCCUCUCGAAGAUCCUGAGUUGAGAAUCUAACUUGAUAAAUGGACAACUAAAAGAGCAAGAUUGGAACUUUCAACUAUGGAUAAGUAUUAUGAAUUUUUCUGUCAGAAAACAAGUUGUCUCUCUCUAAUAUUUUGAACUUUUUCCAAUGAUCGUCUAUGACAUGUAAUCACUCUGCAAUAUGGUUGUAUCACAUUCCACUCUGCUUCUGUGUUGUUUCGUGUUGUUACUUCACCAUUUCCUCUUGGAUUCAUGGAUUGUAG